CCAUCUAUGUUAAUUACAUUGCAUUUCGGACCUGUUGCAUUUGUUUCCAAGCUUUAAAAGUGUACCCAAAGAGUUAUCUGUUUUAAGUCAACAUGAUGAAGAAUGGUUUGUCGGCGAUCCAAAAAUCUGCAAAGAUUUUAAGUCUUUCAACUAGUUCCAUGUCCGCAAUGGCAACGAAUCAGGCCGCCCGCUCGCUGUGUUCCGCCGCAACCAAGUACAACUUCGAAACCCUAAAGCUGUCCACCCCGCAGCCGUUCGUGGUGCACGUAGAACUGUCCCGUCCGGAACGGUUGAAUGCCUUCAACAAGCGCAUGUGGAUCGAGCUGGGCCAGUGCUUCAGCCAACUACACGACGAUCAGGACUGCCGGGUCAUCGUCCUGUCCGGUGGAAGUGCGAAGCACUUUACCGCCGGAAUUGACCUCCUGGACAUGAUGAAACUCGGCCAGCAGUUGGGAGAGAUCGAUGACGUCGGCAGAAAGGGGCGUAUGUUCGAGGGCUUCAUCAAGCUGUACCAGGACUCGAUCAGUUCGCUGGAACGAUGCUACAAACCGGUCAUAGCGGCAGUUCAUGCAGCGUGCGUCGGUGCCGGGGUGGAUCUGAUUACGGCCGCUGACGUGCGGUACUGCACCCGGGAUGCCUGGUUCCAGGUGAAGGAGGUGGACAUCGGAAUGGCAGCGGAUGUGGGAACUCUGCAGCGACUGCCCAAGGCGAUCGGCAGCCAAAGCUUGGCCAGGGAGCUAUGCUUCACGGCUAGGAAGUUCAAGAGCGAUGAAGCCUAUGACUGCGGUCUUGUUUCUCACGUGUUUGAAUCGCGCGAGGAUAUGCUGAGGCAGGCGAUCGAACUGGCGAAGGAAAUUGCCAGCAAGAGCCCCAUUGCGGUUCAGGGAACCAAAAAGAAUAUGGUCUAUUCACUGGAUCACACAAACCAGGAAGGACUGGAUCAGAUUAGGGAGAUGAACAUGGUCAAUAUGCAGAGUGAGGACUUCAUCAACGCUGUGAUGGCACAGCAGAGCAAGGAUGAGAUGCCGGUCUUUUCUAAAUUGUAAUUUUGUAGGUCAAUUUUGUAAAAUUACAGUUCAAUUUCUA